AUGCCAAAAUCUUUCAAAGAGCUCGGUGUUAUAGACAUCUUAGCAGAUGCUUGCGAAACACUGAAGUUCAAGACCCCAUCUCCUAUUCAGGAACAGUCUAUUCCCUAUGCUUUAGAGGGCAGAGACAUUAUGGGGUUUGCAGCCACGGGAUCAGGAAAGACAGCUGCAUUCGCCCUCCCGGUUCUGCAGGCUCUUUAUGAGAACCCCCAGCCACUGUUUUGCUGUGUUUUGUCGCCAACCCGUGAAUUGGCACACCAGACCGCCCAGCAAUUCCAGGCAUUGGGCUCUACAAUGGGUGUAAAGACUACUGUAAUUAUUGGCGGUGAAGAUCAGAUGCAACAAGCCGUUGCCCUGAGUAAAAAGCCCCAUAUCAUUGUUGCAACUCCUGGCCGAUUGCUGGAUCAUCUUGAAAAAACUAAAGGUUUCAACCUGCGCUACCUCAAGUAUUUGGUCCUUGACGAAGCCGACCGUCUGCUGGAUAUGGACUUUAAGGAGCCUAUCAACAAAAUUUUGGCGGUGAUCCCGAAAGACCGACACACUUAUCUUUUCUCUGCCACUCCCUCCAAGGAGAUUGAGCAACUUCAGCGGGCGUCGCUGCGAAAUCCUGUACGAGUUCAGGUCUCAAACAGAAUCACCACCGUUGACACCCUUCUUGAGUACUAUUUAUUCACACCACUCAAACAUAAAGAUGCCACACUCGUCUAUAUACUGAACGAGCUAGCUGGUAAGUCGAUUAUUGUAUUCGUCAACACUAAAGAUGAGGGCACCCGUAUUCCGUUGAUGUUGGAAACUCUCAAGUUCAGCGUAGUUCCAAUCAACGGUAACAUGAGCCAGUCGGCCCGCCUGGGUGCCUUGAACAAGUUCAGGGCAGGUAAUAAAUCAAUUCUGGUCGCUACAAACGUUGCUGCUCGUGGUUUAGAUAUUCCCCAAGUCGACGUUGUUAUCAACUACUCGGUGCCUGAUAAUGCAGCGGAAUACGUCCACCGGGUUGGGCGUACAGCCCGUGCCGGACGGUCGGGUAAAGCUAUUACCAUGUGUGCACAGUACGAUGUUGUACGUUACACAAACAUUGAAAAAGAAGUGCAUGGCGACAAAAAGCUGCCGGAAUAUCCUAUUGACAAAGAAGGUGUAAUGCUCUUGAUGGGCAGCAUUGACGAGGCUCAACGGCAAGCUAAAAUCUCGAUGGCAAGGCUCCACGAAAAGAUGGGUAAGAGACCUGGCUUCAAGAAGCGUAAGCGUGGCGACGAUGAGGAUGAGUAG